AUGGCCCACACUUCCAACUCACGUCGUUCCCACCCCGUUCGCUCCAGUCGCACCCAGGUGCAGUCAUAUCAUGAAAGCAGUUCCGACGAUAAUAACACUGCCUCGGAUGAAGAACGACCGUCGCUUUCCCUCCGCCCUCGUGACUCCCACCGCGCGCCUGUCUCCUAUCGCGAAGAAUCCUCUGAAUCUGAGGUACCAAUCCUUGAAGAUCAAGAUCCCGAGGCGGUGAUCCCAGUUGAAACUUCCACGACGCCAAACAGAAACAGGCCAUCUCGCCGAAAAUCCGUGAAAACCAGAUCGCAGACAAAAGGCACCAAGAGAAACGCUGGCAAGCAACACUUGGAAUUGGGAAAAUCGCUGAAAAGAAAGAGGAAGGUUGAAACGGAUGAGCCGCCCCCCUUUGUAGGCUCGGGUGUGAUUCCACCCUGGCAGACUUUACCGUAUCAUGUUUUGUUCGACAUCUUCUUCUUUGCCUCGUAUCCACUGGUGGAGGAAAAGGCCGGUAGAAGACACAGCUCCGUGCAAUGGCUGGUGAACGUCUCCCUUCUCUGCCAUGCUUUCAAUGAACCAGCAUUGGCUGUGCUCUAUCAAAACCCCCCGUUGCUCCCGGCCGCCAAGACACAUGGCCUACUGACUCUGCUUUCUUGCCCACCACAAUCCCUUUCCACCAAUUAUAUGAACAAAAUAAGAGAACUUCAUGUGGAUGUGGAAAUGCUGCUGUUAUACAAGAGCGGGCCAACUUUGGGGUAUUUCGAAUUGCCAAAGUUGAUUGAGAAGACGCCCCAAGUUAGAAGACUGCGGCUAUAUCAUAGUGAUGACUACCUGGUUGGUAUUCCUAUUUGGCAGUUAAAUCGCUCAAAAUGGGUCUACCCGGACGGCCUUUUCUCGGCCAUCGAAUCAGCACCGAUCAGACUGCGUAGCUGGGAUUGGAAUAGUCGGUUCAUGGAGACGAAAUGGCUUCUGCCGCUUAUGAUGGCGAAGCAUCUUCAACCCGCUUUCAAAAACAUCACAGAGCUGAGACUGUUACAUAUUGCCUGCGAGGAUGUGUACGCCGACGAGUCUGGUAACGAGUCUGAUGAGAGAGAGGUCGUCCUUGCGACGGCCCUCAAGGGACUUCCACAUCUGCGCCAUCUGGAAUUCCACGAGUGUUCGAUCGUCAACGAAUACCUGAUGCCUAAUCUGCCCACCGGGCUUCUCUCGCUCACCAUUAACAACUGCGACGACGUGACGACCGCCAAUUUCAGCGCCUGUAUUGCAACUCAUGGCCAGCACCUCCGCGAACUGACUCUCAGCCACAACCGGCAUUUGAGUCUGUCUUUCAUUCAGAUCCUGGCCCAAGCAUGCCAGAGGCUCGAACGGUUUAAAAUGGACAUUUCGAUGCAUGACUGCUCUAGUUAUCAUGACGUGGAACCCCAUUUCCGGGAACUACUCAGCCCUUCGGAAGUGCCAACCUGGCCAAGUACCCUGCAGGAAAUCGAGCUGGUGCAGUUGCGCAAGUGGGAUGACCGCACAGCCGGCGUGUUUUUCACCUCUUUGAUUGACGCGGCGCCUGAACUGCGGGAUCUACGGCGCCUGAUGAUUAGCGCAAUUUUGAAAAUCGGGUGGCGCGACCGUGCAUCAUUCCGAGAGAAGUGGAUCGGCAAUCUGGAGAAGGUCUUCUUAAGGCGAAGCGCGCCUCCCAACCCGACCCUUCGCACUGUUACCCAGGCUGCACCCUCCACCAACGUGGAAGAGGGUAAAACCGACGAAGCCGCCACUCAGUCUGAUGCACCGCAGAGCGGGGUGUCAACGCCAUCUAAGCGCAAAAGCGCCCGUCUGGCCCAGCGGAAAUUUUCCGAGGUCGAGGACAAUGCGGACCAGAGUCCAUUGAUCCGGGCCGCCAGCGAGGCCAAGGACGAGUCGAGCCGUCUUCCGGUGCAGGGCAUGUGUGACGUUGUUUCGGUCCGGAUCGACAACCAACGUCCUACCGAAACCCAGUUCAACGAAGAAGACUUUCUCGACGACGAAUUGAGCGGCGACGAGGACUGGAAUGGUAACGACAUGGACAUUGGAGAUACCAGUCACGCGUGGUGA